AUGAUGGUAAGCAACUCUUCAAUAAAUGACAGCUUCACAAAUGAGGCACAAGAAACCCAGCCUAAGUGGCUAAAUGCUGUACAGUACACAAUGUUCACAACGAUCUUUGUGGUCAGCGUUAUCGGGAACACUUUGGUCUGUCUCGUCAUUGCACGAACUCCGCGCAUGCGCACCACACGUAACUUUCUACUGGUAAACCUUGCCGUAGCUGAUCUGACAGUCGCAAUGCUUUGUAUUCCCUUUGAAGUAGUUUUGAAGUUGACGUACCCUCGCUGGCCCCUAGGACCGGUAAUGUGCAAGAUACUAUGGCCUACCAUGACGUCAGUGACCACGUGCUCCUCGGCCACCCUUGUUGCUAUCAGUUACGACAGGUAAUAUCAACAUAUCGACACAGAGAAAGAAAAAUCAUUUUGAAACAAACUCGAUAUUUCAACAUGAAAUUAAGCUAUGUUACUUUUAUGAGAUUAAUUUCUCUAUUUGAACGAAAAAGCAAAGUAACAGCACAACGUGUAAUUAUGUUUUUUCUUUUUGUCUCUAGGGACAAAUGACUUUAAGGCUCGAUCGAAACGUCAUCAUGAUUAUUGAUAAGAACGAUGUUUUUCGUGUACUUUCAGCCGGUUCUUAGUGGCUUAUGGUGUUAAUAAUUUCAAAAGAUGUUAGGUUUGAUCGAAUGCAUCCAUAGAGUUUGUUGAGCCAGUUAUAGCAUAAUUCUGGAUCUUAGCAAUUCCCAUUUACAAAUAGGUUCCGAGCUGUUGUUCAUCCUUGGAAGCCCCGUUUCACUUCAAUACAAACAACCAUUAUUAUUGCUACCACGUGGUCAGUGUCCUACGUACUUGUGAUACCCUAUCUACUGGUUCUGUCAAUCAAGGAUAACUACUGCGGAGAAGUGUGGCCAAGUGCUGUAGCAAGGCGUACUUACACUUUGGGGCUGUUCGUCAUUCAGUUUGUCGUUCCCAUCUUCAUCAUCGCUUUUGCUUACACCAAGGUAGUAUUAAAGCUGCGGGAUCAAGCUGCACGUUUCGCGGUGGAGAAAAAAGAACAAGACAAUGCUACUCCAGAAAUUACUCGCGCAGGUCAAUCUAGCAGCUUCUUGUCCGUCGAAGUCAGCGAUGUGAACUCAAUAUCUGGAUCACCUCUGCCCAACAAGAAAUUUACAACCAGGCUUAACAAACUUGUUUUGUCUCCCAAAUGUCCCAGAACUGGUCAAAGUAGCGCUAUUCAGCGGCUUGAGCGGAACACAAAGAUAGUCAAGAUGCUGCUUACAGUGGUUCUCCUGUAUGUGGUCUGCAUGCUCCCCAACCAAGUAGUGUGGCUGUGGUACGAGUUUGGUUCCGGGCAGAACUCUCCUUAUCUUAGGGUACUACUAACGCUAGGAAGCUCCAUGGUGUAUUUGAAUAGCUCAGUAAAUCCGAUUCUCUAUGCUGGAAUGAAUGAUGAAUUUCGACGAGGGUUCAUUAACCUCUUGAGAUGCCGAUGUAGGCGUCCUAUAAACAAAUGA